AUGACUUCUCUAAUGCUCAAAAGCUUGAUACUUAUGGUGUUUGUGACACUAUCUUUAAAGGCAUAUGGAGACUUACAAGAGUGGUGGUGCAUAGCUGAUCCAAAUGCACCAGAUUAUGUGGUGCAGGGAGCAUUGGAUUGGGUUUGCAGUACAACGGGCGGUGCUGCAGAUUGCACAAAUAUACAAUGGAACCAACCAUGUUACCUUCCAAAUACUGUGAAGGACCAUGCUUCCUAUGCUUUCAACAAUUACUAUCAGAGGUUUAAGAGCCAAGGAGCCUCUUGUUAUUUCAAUGGUGCUGCAUACCUCACUCCUAAUGACCCAAGCUAUGGAGCUUGCAUUUUUGAUUAUAUUCCUUGA